AUGCCUACACAACAACCAUCUAUUGCUUCUCUUCCCAAAUACUUGAAAGAAGAUGAAGUGACCCAAGAAUGCAGAAACUUCAUAUCCUCCUUACCUACAGAGAAAGGCUGGGUUACAAAUAACCUGCAUCAGUACCAAGGUUGUUGGAUCAUAACUAGGUACAUGCAAGGUGUUCUAUCAUUCCAAAAACACUUCCAAGCUCAUGACACUGAUAUCAUCCUUGUUACCACUCCCAAAGCCGGCACCACUUGGUUGGAAGCCCUUCUGUUUUCCUUGGUGAACCGUGUGCACUAUCCCAACCCUCAAAAACACCACCCUCUCUUCACGAAUAAUCCUCAUGUUCUUGUACCCUUCUUGGAUAUCAAUCUCUACACCGAAAACCAAGUCCCAGACCUCACUUCCUUUGCCUCUCCAAGGCUCUUUUCAACUCAUUUACCUUAUGUGUCAUUACCCACUCAAUGA